AUGACGUUUAAACUUGCUCAUGCUUUAAAGGACAGUUUAAUGUUGCAGGGAGAAUCUCUUUGUGGUGGGAACACCACCUACUGCCAUUUGCUUCCUUGCAAUGAGGACUUGCCUUGCACACCUGAAGGGGGCUGUGGAGACACCGUGAAUUCUUGCGACUCCAAUCCAUGCCCAUGGAAUGCUACGUGCCAGGUCUCUGUCCUUACCCAAACAUAUGAGUGCCAAUGCCCAGCUGGAUAUGAAGGGACACACUGCGAAAUCCCUAUGAAGAGAUGCUAUAGGAACAUUUGCAAAUAUGGUGGGGAGUGUUAUGUUGGUGAAGGAGGACCAACAUGCUUUUGUACUAUGGGAUACAAAGGGACAUUGUGUGAGACACCUGAAGAUGAGUGUUUGUGGAAUCCUUGUAAAAAUGGGGCAGUAUGCAGAAACAGAGGCAAGGGAUAUGCAUGCUAUUGUGUGCCUGGAUUCCAGGGACCACUGUGUGACAUUGAAGUGGAUGAAUGUGCCUCGCAGCCAUGCCAAAAUGGAGCCACGUGCCUGAACCAAAUUGGGAGCUACACCUGUGUGUGCCAUCCAAAGUAUACAGGAAGAGACUGUGAGUUGGAGUUUAAUGAAUGUUCAUCUGGCCCAUGUCUGAAUGGAGGCUCAUGUCACAACUCUCAGAGCUCUUUUUCGUGCUCAUGUCCUUCUGGUUUCUCUGGAGAUUUAUGUGAACACAAUGUAGAUGAGUGUAACAGUUCUCCUUGCCUUAAUGGUGGACAGUGUUUGGAUAAAAACAAUGGAUAUACAUGUAACUGUAGCAUGGUGGGGUUUAUUGGUUUGCACUGUGAGACCCCUCUACCACAGAAUACUGCCACGUGCCUAGAGGGCUCUGGGAAUAUCACAUGUCUCUGCGGGCCAGGUGUCCACUGUGAAGAAGACAUCAACGAGUGUGAAACAAAUCCUUGUCAAAAUGGAGGCACCUGUGAGAAUACCAAUGGCAGCUAUAUCUGUCAUUGUGCAGCCAACAAGGACAUGACAGGGCAGUACUAUGGAGGAAGAGACUGUCAGGAGCUGCUUAUUGGCUGUGAAGGGAGCACAUGUCAUAAUGGCGGGUCAUGCAACCCAUAUUUAAUAGAUGGAAAACACUUGUACAGCUGUCUGUGUCCAGCAGGUUUCACUGAUCCAGACUGUCGGACCCAGACUACAUUCUCCUUCAAUGGCAAAACUGUUCUUCCACUUGGAAAUCUAAUUUUUCAAAACAAAGACAGUCCUAUUUCGAAUAUAUCUCUGAGCUUUCAAACUGUUCAGAUCUCAGCUUUGAUAUUCCACCUGGGAGAUAACACUACAUUCCUAAGACUUUUUAUACAGGAUGGUGAUAUGUUCUUAUUUUCAUAUGUCAAUGGUCAUCAGAAGACAUUCCUUCAUUUGUCACAUAACAUCAGUGAUGAUCGAUGGCAUGCAGUGGAAGUAAUAUUUACAGAUAUUAUAACCCUUAGAUUACUAGACACUGCUUGUACUAUAAGAUGUGCUCAGAGCGUCGCCAACAAUAUAACGAGUCAUUUAACCAGCUUUACAUUGGAUAAUCUGUUCUUUGGAGGAGAUACACCAGCAGCUCCUGGGGUGUAUAGCUAUUUCAGUAAUACAGUGUUACAUCAGGCUGGAUUUGUUGGCUGCAUGCGGGAUAUUAGGGUGGAUUCCAGGACAGUUACAGCUGAAGGUCCAAUGCUGGACAGUAUUGAAGUUGGAUGCAAGAGACAGGAUCAUUGUGAGUAUUCUCCAUGUCAAAACAGGGGCCAGUGUGUUAACCUAUGGCUCGGCUACCACUGUGAUUGCUACAGGCCUUACAGAGGGAAUAACUGCUCAUCAGAGUAUGAAUCUGGAAGAUUUGGCCAUGGAGAUAUGGCCUCAUAUGCUAUUUUUCACCUGGGCAAUAAACAGACGGAUGACAUCGACUUAUCUGCAUUUGUGAGAACACUGCAGCCUUCAGGAUUAUUGUUCGCUUUGGGAAACGCUACUUCAUAUGGAAUUGUAGUCUCACUUCAAGGUGGUAAAUUAGUAGUGAGGAACUCCAAUGACAUUGUGUUGAAAUGCGAACACAUCAUCAAUGAUGGCCAAUUCCACCUCAUUUCUUUAAAAGUGACUCAGAACACCAUGGAAUGUCUUGUGUCUUCAAGGUCUUUGGUUCGGAUUUCAAUUGCUGCAACACGGGUUAAUGCUUUAAGUGUGCUUUAUGUGGGAGGCCUAGAAGAUGCCACUGAAACCUUAAAAAGAGAAGGGUACUUUAAGGGCUGUAUUCAAGACCUGAGGAUAGGCAGCAGAAAACUGGAGUUCUUCCCAGAUUCUCAAUCUUACAUUGUAAAUCAAAUCCUGCACAAUGUGACACAGGGAUGCAGUAGUGACAACCUCUGUAAGUCCAACCCCUGCCAGAAUGGAGGUGCUUGUUACCCAGUCUGGGAUGAUUUUACCUGCACCUGCCCCCCGAAUACUACAGGGAAGGCAUGUGAGGAGCUGAAGUGGUGUGAGAUCAUCCAAUGCCCUCCUAAAGCUGUGUGCCAGCCUGUGCCUAAUGGAUUUGAAUGUAUCACCAGUGUGGUUUUUAGAGGCACAGGGCAUGGAAUCCGCUAUAUGAGUAAUGGGAAUAUUUCGAGGGAUCUCACCAACCUGACAUUGGGAUUCCGCACUGGAUGUUCUGAAUCAGUGCUGCUACAUGCUGAGAGGGAACCAGAAACCAUCAUGCUUGCUGUUCGAGAUUCUCGGCUGGUCUUAAACUUGCAAAGUGGCAACAGCUUGUAUGCUGUGACUCUAGCUGGAAAAGAGAAAGUGAGCGACAGUCAAUGGCAUAAUGUCACCAUAUCCAUGACAUCGCCAGGAUCCCAGUCUUCUAGAUGGCAGAUGGAAAUAGAUGGAAAGACAGAUGAAAUUAGUAAUGUUGCCACCGGGAAUUUGAACUUCCUCAAAGAACGUAUAGAUAUUUAUUUGGGGGCACACAACCAAGGCAAGCUUCAAGAUUUUACAGGUUGCCUUGGAACUGUGGUGAUUGGAGGAUUACAUCUACCAUACUUUGGAGAAAACGAUUACCAAUUAAAGAAACCUCAAAUAGAGCAGUUUGUUAAGACUUCACCAGGAAGUGUCAGUAUUGGUUGCUUGUCUUUAAAUCCAUGUGCUUCCCAUCCUUGUUUAAAUGGGGGCAACUGCCAGGAUUUUUUAACCCACCCAGUUUGUACUUGUCCAGCUGGUAGGACAGGAAAAUUCUGCGAAAUGGAAAUUGAUGAGUGCCUUUCCAACCCAUGCUUACAUGGCAACUGCACUGAUGGAGCUGGGGGCUACACGUGUGAGUGCCAGACUGGUUAUACUGGAACUAACUGUGACAUCAACAUCUGCCAUGGUCACAUGUGUCCUAGCGGUACUACCUGCGUAGAGGGGCCACUAGGAUUCUUCUGCCUUUGUCCAGCUAAUGUCACUGGUCCGUACUGCAGUUUGUUCUCACCCUCUGAAGCAUCCCCUCUCAGCUUGGUAAGAAUAUAUAACAGGCUGCCAUCCACAUUCUGUGGUAAUGAGAAGAAAAACAUUACCUGUUAUAACUUCAGUAACUGCACAGAGGAAAACGGAGCAUUGAGGUGCAUCUGCCUCGCAGGGUUUGUUGGACAAAGGUGCGAGGUGGACAUUGAUGAGUGCGAAUCUGAUCCAUGCAUGAAUGGAGGAUUGUGCCAAAACCUCCCCAAUCGCUUUCUGUGCAUCUGUGAUGUGAACUAUGCUGGGGAACAGUGUGAAAUUGACCAAUCCAAUUCCUUGCAACCUGGGGUUUUUACCAUUGUGGCCUCUGUGGUCCUGGCACUGUUCUUUGCCACAUGUGCUGGAAUUUGCAUCUUUAUUGCAGUGGCCAGUAUGAGGUCAAGCCAAGGAACUUACAGCCCAAGCAGGCAGGAGAAGGAAGGGUCCCGCGUGGAGAUGUGGAAUAUUGUUCAGCCGCCUCCUCUGGAGAGACUGAUAUGAAAGCCUCCAAACUAUUUGUGCUUCUGAACUGUCACUGUCCAUAUUGCUUUUAAGACACUGAAUGAGUUAAAGAAAAUAU